AUGUCAGAACAAUCUUCUUCUUCAACUAUGAAACAAACUUGGAGAGGAUUAAUAAAAAAUGAAAACAGAAAGAGGAUAGUUGCUAUCCUCUUCAAAACCAUGGAACUCUCAGGAUUAUCUGAUACUGAGAAGUUUCAAAAAGCAAAAAAAUGGGAGGAAGAUAGCCUCAAAAACGCUAGUUCUGGAGCUCAAUACAAAUUAUUUAUUGAGUCUAAAAUACCAAUACCAAGACUACCAAGGGCUCCAGAACCACCUAAGAAAAGACGAGACCAGCUUAUCCAGCAGCAACAACAAUCGGCUGCUCCGAAUUCUGGAACUAAAAGGGGCCAUGAUGAAAUGGAUAAUGAUAAUGGAGAUAAUAAUCAAGCUGAAUCAUCCAAGAAAAGAAAUACUUCCGAUUAA